AGCAUUUAAGUAGUUGAGCAUCAGAGCUUUCCUCCUGAAAACCCAGGGAGGGUGUUGGGCUCUGUUUUCAUAUUUAGUUUUUGCAUGGCAGUGAGUGCAUUCUCAAUACUGAAGCGUCUUCUUCAAAACAUAAACAAUCAACCCCAAAAGCAACCCCAAGGCAUCGAAUCCAUAAUAAAAUCAAUCCUCAGCCACCUUAAGGCAGGUCGUUUUCAACAAGCCGUUUCGGUUCUCUUUGCUUCCCCAGAACCCUUACCUCACUCUCUUUACGCCGAUCUUUUUGCCCUCUGUUCUGACAAAAAAGCUAUCGUUGAAGCCCGGAAACUUGAAUCCCACCUAGUCACGUUCUGUCCAUUUCCCCCGGUGUUCCUCUUGAACCGUUGCAUCGAAGCGUACGGAAAAUGCGGGUGUUUGGAUGACGCAAGGGGACUGUUUGAUGAAAUGCCUCAACGGGAUGGGGGUUCAUGGAAUUCGAUGAUAACGGCAUAUGCACGAAAUGGGUUUGGAGAAAAGGCUUUGUUCUUGUUUUCGAAGAUGAACAAGGAAGGAAUUGUGCCGAAUGAGAUUUCGUUCGCUAGUGUUUUGGGCUCUUGUGGUGUUGUUUUAGAGGUUAGCCUUUCAAGGCAAGUUCACGCGAUGAUUGUGAAGUAUGGUCAUUAUAAAAAUGUGAUAUUGGGAAGUUCACUUGUUGAUGUUUACGGAAAAUGUGGGUUUAUAAGUGAUGCAAGGCUGAUGUUUGACGAGAUAGAGAAUCCGACUAUUAUUUCCUGGAAUGUGAUUGUUCGGCAGUAUAUUGAGGUAGGGGAUGGAGAGGAGGCAAUAUUAAUGUUUUUUAAGAUGCUUCGAGAUGAUGUUAGACCGUUGAAUUUUACAUUAUCUAAUGCUCUUGUUGCUUGUUCAAGCAUGUCAGCACUUAAGGAAGGGUUGCAAAUUCAUGGAGUUGUGGUUAAGACUAACUUUGAGAAGGAUAAAGUAGUCUCUAGUUCACUCAUUAAUAUGUAUGUAAAAUGUGGGCAGCUAGAGAUUGCUCGUACUGUAUUUGAUCAACUUGGUUCCAAGGACUUGAUUUCCUGGACUGCAAUCAUGUCAGGUUAUGCCAUGAGUGGGAGAACUAGAGAGGCAAGGGAACUCUUUAAUAUGAUGCCGGAACGGAAUGUAAUCUCAUGGAAUGCAAUGCUAGCAGGGUAUACUCGUUUGUCUCAGUGGGAAGAUGCCUUAGAAUUUAUUUUUCUUAUGCGGAGAAUGACUAAAGAUUUUGACCAUGUGACGCUUGUUCUAAUUUUAAAUGUCUGUGCUGGCCUGUCAGACGUUGAAAUGGGGAAAAAGGUUCAUGGAUUUAUCUACCGACAUGGGUUCUUUUCCAAUAUAUUUGUAAGUAAUGCACUUCUGGACAUGUACGGAAAAUGUGGAACCUUGAACAGUGCCAGAGUUUGGUUUUACCAAAUGAGUCAGGGAAGGGAUACUGUUUCUUGGAAUGCUUUACUGACUAGCUAUGCGCAGCAUCAGCGGGGUGAGCAGGCUAUUACAUUAUUUAGUGAGAUUCAAUGGGAGUCCAGACCCAGCAUAAAUAUCUUUGGAACCCUUCUUACAGUUUGUGGAAAUAUAUUUGCACUUAAUCAUGGCAAACAAAUCCAUGGAUUCAUGGUUAGAAAUGGUUAUGAGCUGAAUAUGGCAGUAAGAGGAGCUUUGGUUGGCAUGUAUUCUAAAUGUCGUUGCAUUUUAUAUGCUUUCAUGAUUUUCAAAGAGGCAGAUUCACGUGAUGUUGCUCUUUGGAACAUCAUGACUUUUGGAUUUUGUCACAACGGAAGGGGUAGAGAAGUACUUGAAUUUAUUGGCAUGAUGGAGGAGGAAGGCGUCAAACCAGACCAUGUUACCUUUCAUGGUAUAUUGCUUGCAUGCAUAUGUGAGCAUGAAGCAGAGUUGGGUCAGCUGUAUUUUAAUUCAAUGAGCAAUGACUAUUGCAUUAUACCCCGGAUGGAACACUAUGAGUGUAUGAUUGAACUCUAUAGCAGGUGUGGGUGCAUGGAGGAGCUUGAGAAAUUUAUUAAGAGUAUGCCAUUUGAGCCAACUGUUGCCAUGCUGACUAGAGUCUUUGUUGCAUGCAAAAAGCAUGGUGCUGUGAGGUUUGGCGAAUGGAGUGCUGAACAACUUAACCAAUUGAAUCCUCAUACUACACUUAAGAUAUGAA